AGAACAGUGUUAGGGUUAAAUGCAGGGUGAAUGGCUGUACCACGGGUAUCAAGGGUGUCAUUGCCUAGUCUUCUGGGAUUGUCUCUAUAAAAAGUGACCUCCCUAUCCUUCCAGCGCCAGGAUUUCCCGGGUGAUUAUGAAGCAUUUAUCCAUCUUCGAUCUUCCUGCUAUCGCUGUCUGCUCAGCUGAAUUCCUCAGCGUCUUAGCAAAGUCGGUAGAUCGAACGGAUCGGCACGCGGAAGUGCAUUGACCUCCCUAAAUUUUCGCUUAAAGAGACAUGAAGAAAAAUCAGGAUGCUUUGCGAUUAAAGAGGGCUAUUGAGGCCUUUUCGUACAUGGACUGGGACAAAACCGACGAGCUUUUUCAGGAGUAUAAAGACAUUUUCUAUGCAAAUGAUGAGCAAAGCCAGAGAGCAGUUGAGAAAGUGAUCAUUUUGACCCAGUCAGAGCUGGCAGAUGUUCUGCCAGGGAUUGAAUUGACUCAGCGAGAAUCAGGAAAGGUGAAGGAUACCUUAAAAGCGCUGUUUAGCAUCACCGAGGUAUCGGACGCCGUUGACACUCAGAAGACAAAGGAACCACGGUACGAGGUUCACGUAGCGCGACUUUUGACUAGUAUUGCUCUUCUGAGCCCAAAUGCGGAGAAUGUAAACGAGGAGGAGAAAGCAAAGCUUGCUUUUGACAUGAUCGACUUGGAUGGAACGGGGUACGUUGUACGUGACGAGCUUCGAGCCACAAUUCAUCACUCGGCCUUGGACAAUGCACUGCAGUUAUCUGAUACAGAGCUGGACGCUGUUGCUGACGCUCUUAUGCAGCACAUGGACAUCAAGGGCAAUGGUCGUGUUACUUUCGAUGAGUUCAAGCACUCGAUAAACACCCGCGAUGCCACACUGAAUCCACUCCAAGCAGAUAAGAAGGCCGCUGACUUCUUGCUACGAAGUAAAUCAAUUCUUUUGGACGAAGACGAUGAAGAGGAUGACAGAUGGACAGUGUGGCGAAGAAUACGCAUCUACAUGUCGUUACAUGCUCGGGAAAUAUCAUGCCUUGUUUUGUACGCUGCCGUGGACGCCGCAAUGUUUAUAGCCUAUUUCAUGAGCGUAUACCAAAAGCCGGCGAAAAGAGAAGCACUCGGUAUUGGUGCAGCGGCAGCUAAGGGCUUUGCGGGAAUAUUGUAUUUCAAUGUUCCACUUUGUUUCCUAUCUAUGUCACGGACGCUGCUCACGUACGCGCGCGGUACCUGGCUGGAAAGCCUCAUUCCCUUCGAUCAUGCCAUUUUGUUCCAUCAGAUAGUAGGCUAUGUUAUCGUCAUGGCUGCCAUUGGUCACAUAGGGUGUCAUUUGGGCAGCACGUACGUGAAAGUUGCUAAUUUGGAUGAUCUGAAUGGAUUGAAUUCAGUAGUCAGUGGAAAGCAGUUUCCGACUCUGCCGACAUAUUCGGAGCUCAUUAUUGAAACACUGCCUGGAAUCUCCGGGCUCAUUGCGACUCUUGCGCUCCUAAUCUUGGUGAUCUUUUCGAUCCCACAAUUUCGGCGCCAGCAUUUCAAUACAUUCUGGUAUUCUCACCAUGCGUUCCUCGUCUUCUCUGUGGCCUUGCUCAUUCACGGGAUUUGGAAAUGGAUUCAGUUUCCCCAUAUGUUUAUGUACCUCAGCAUUCCUCUAUUGUGGUACUUUAUUGAACGACUUCUCCGAAUAUACCGAGCCGCGUACCUCAAAUAUGAUGCGACUGAAAUUAAAGCCCAAGCCGAGAAAACAGUCAAGUUGAAGCUGACUCCACGGAAGUCGCACCGAAGGUAUCGCCCAGGACAGUACGUAUUUAUCAACAUCCCGAGCAUUUCAAGCAUCCAAUGGCAUCCAUACACGUUAACGAGCAGCCCACUAGAGGACAGUCUCGUGGUUCACAUCCGAGAUAAUGGCGACUGGAGCGGGGCUGUUGCGAAAUUGGCAAAAACGAAUCCCGAUGCUCUCAGAAAAAUAAACGUGGAUGGUCCUUUCGGAGCUCCUGCCCAACACUUUGAAGACUUUGAGAACAUCAUGUUAAUUGGUACUGGUAUUGGGGUAACACCGUUUGCGUCGAUUCUCCGAGACCUCCAGAUUCGGAUACAAACAGGGAACCAGCAAUCAUCAAGGCUAAGACGGAUUGAUCUCUUCUGGAUUAAUCGAUCUCGUGGAGCUUUUAGUUGGUUCACCCAUCUCUUGAAGGAGCUUGAGCAAAAUACAGCUGCAAAUUUUUUCCGAGUUCACACGUUCAUAACAUCUGCAAACUCGUCACGAGAUAUUCGUUCGGUAUUGCUGUGGAAAGGAUUGCAACUUGUUCGGCAUGAAUCAAGCGCGUCAAUUCUGACUGGUUUGACGCGCGAAGCAUAUUGGGGCCGUCCUGAUUGGAACGUAAUCUUUGAUCAGACCGCAGCCAGCUUUCCAGGAGGAACUGUAGGUGUUUUCUUCUGCGGACCGGAGAUUCUAGCGGAAGAGCUGUGGGAUCUAUCAAAGAAAAAGAGCGCAACCAGCAAUUGUAGAUUUAUUUUCCGAAAGGAGAACUUCUAGAGCUAGGAUUUGUAAGAUGGACUGUAGUUAGCGUAGCUGGAAGUUUGACCUGCCAAAGCGGCAAAGAUUAGCCUUAGUCUUUCCAACUGUGUUGACUGGCAUUCAUGAUCGCUGUCGGGGUCUGCUUACGC